UGAGACUGCAGCAGAGGGGAGAGGAGAGGGAGAGCUGCCUACUGCAGCCUGCCUGCCACACAGUCAGAGACAGAUGACUACUACUAUUAUCACAUGUUAUUUUCCCCCGCUCAGCUACCCGUUGACUUGUGUAUGAAAACCUAGCGCUUUUCUUUUACUCCUGCAUGCUUGCCCCCCUUCUGGGUUUCUGCUUUUCGAGUGAUCAGCUGAUGAAGAGGCUAGCAGCUCGCCGCUAUGCUGGUUUGCUAAUUCUCUCCCCUCCAGCUGCAGCCGCAGCCCAUCCAGCUACAACCCAUUCUGAUCCACAGAGUCAGACUGCAGACUGCAGCCAGGAGAACGGGGCCUUGGAGGACAUGGAGGAGGACAUCAGCCUAAAGAAACGGAAAGGUGAUCACCAUGGCAACAAAGACUCUGAGUCCCGAGACUCCGGCCAGGAGGCUGGAGGUGAAAAGGUCAAGAAACGCCGAGGUCGACCUCCGGCAAAGAAACUGCCCCCCAACCCUCCCGAGCUCACCAAGCAGCUUAACACACUGGUGGACAUGGUUAUCAACUACAAAGACGGGUUGGGCCGUCAGAUCAGCAAAGGCUUUGUCCAGCUGCCUUCUAGGAAGGAGGUGCCAGAGUACUACGAGUUGAUCCGCAAGCCUGUGGACUUCAGGAGGAUCAGGGAGCGAGUGCGCAAUCACAAGUACCGGAGUGUGGGAGAUCUGGAGAAGGACAUCAUACUGCUGUGUCACAAUGCCCAGACCUUCAACUUGGAGGGAUCUCAGAUAUUUGAGGACUCAAUCGUUCUCAAGUCUGUUUUUGAGAGUGCACGACAGAGGAUCGUCAUUGACGAUGAGGAGAAAAAGGACAGCACUGCCAUCUGUGACGAUGGAGGUCGAGACAAUCAGUUUGGUUCAUCAGAAGUGAAAACGGUGACAAAGCAGGUGAAACAGAGGAUGAAGAAAGAAGAGCGGAGCAGAAAGAUGAAGGUCAAGAAGACAGUCUACAGUGAUGUAGACAGUGAUGAGGAUCUGGGGGACAAUACAGCUAAAGAUGAGGGUUGACCUGGAGGACCAAUGCUAGUUAAUUUAUCCUAUUUCUUUCUCUCCACUGUCACUGUUUUUGCAAUGCAGCUUAUUAGUUCUCACCUUGAUAAAGAUUUGUCUCAUCUCAAGUCAAGAAGGCUACUCAAAGAAAGGAAUUUACAUACCUAAUGAUGUUGGUCCUCAAGUAAUUCAUGCAGCCUUAAACUUUCAUGUCUCUUUACUAUUAUUUUGCCUUUUUGUUCUUUGGGAUUUUAUGGUGUUGCUCUCUUGGUCCUCAUAUGGAAGUUAUUGUGUGUAUCCUUAAUGCUUAACCAGAGGUUAUCUUCACCCUCUUUUUUCAUGAAUUGUUUUUGUAUUUGAAAAUGUUAUUACUGUAUGUGUGAAAUGCCUUCAUAUGUCUUGGAGCAUGAUGAUGUAUUUCUGCUAAGACGGAGACCGCCCUCAGAGAGUGGCGCAUGUUGAUGACAUCGAUAUAUGUUGUGUUACAGGUGUGGGAGAUGGCAGAAAAUGUUUGGUCAGUUCUUCAAUAUGACUAGGAUGGACACUACUGGAUUGUUUCAAAUCUCAAAAUGUGUGGAUUUAAAAUGAAAUAUGAUUCUGUAAUAAAACUCCAAAUGGGAGAAUUGU